AUGGCAGAAUCACCAGACAGUCAGAUGUCGGAUCCUAUAUUUGACAGGUUCGAAGAAGGGUCGGACAUCCUCUCGAGUAGAGACACAAUUGCAACACCAGAUUCUGAAUUAUCCCCUCCCGAAAGUCCUUUGGAAAAACACGCUGUACUUGAUCCUCGAACAAAAUCUCGUCAGCUGGCUGCGUCCUUGUCGCUUGAAGAGCAGGUCUCUCUACUAGUGGCUGCAGAUUUCUGGAGAUCGAAGUCGAUUCCUUCCAAAGGCGUACCAGCAUUCAAGACAUCCGAUGGCCCAAAUGGUGCUCGUGGAGCCAUUUUCAAGGCUGGAACAAAGGCCGCAUUGUUUCCAUGCGGUAUAUCGCUAGCAGCAACAUGGAACACCGAUCUUAUUCAUGAAGUCGGACAACACCUCGCAGAUGAAACGAAAGCUCGAUCUGCUCAGGUUUUAUUGGCACCGACAGUCUGUUUACAUCGAGGUCCAUUAGGUGGAAGAAACUUCGAAUCUUUCUCAGAAGAUCCUUAUCUGACGGGAAAACUCGCCAUCGCUUAUAUCAAGGGGUUGCAGGAGAAGGGUAUUGCUGCAACUAUAAAACGUAAAACCAUUCCUCUCUAUGGCUUCGUCACGUGCAUUUGGCUGACUGUGUACACAGAUUUCGUUGCUAAUGAACAAGAGACCUUCAGAUUAACCAUUGAUUCUAUUGUGCAAGAAAGGCCUCUGCGAGAGUUAUAUUUACGACCUUUCGAGAUGGCCAUUCGGGAAGCUAAUCCUUGGGCUGUCAUGUCCUCCUAUAAUUUGAUCAAUGGCGUUCAUGCAGAUUGUAAUUUCCACACGCUGAAGGAAAUCUUAAGGGAAGAGUGGAGCUAUGAUGGUUUGGUUAUGUCCGAUUGGGGUGGAACAAACUCAAUUGCGGAAUCCAUCGAAGCAGGUUGCGACAUAGAAAUGCCAGUCUCAACAAAAUGGCGUGGCGAAAAGGCGAUCGAAGCAAUCAGAAAUGGUGAACUAAGCCGAGAAGCCGUUGAGAAAGCCGCCGCAAACGUGCUGUAUCUCGUUGAACGGACAAAAGGAUCAGACAUGACACCCGAAGCCCCUGAAGCUGAGGACAAUAGAGAAGAAACUAGAAAUUUGAUUCGUCAGGCUGGGGUAGAAGGAUUAACCCUACUCAAAAACGAGAAUAAUAUCUUACCAAUUAAAUCCUCUCAAACGAAGGUUGCGGUCAUAGGACCAAAUGCCAAUCGCGCGAUUGCAGGGGGUGGAGGUAGUGCUAGUUUGAAUCCUUACUACAACACCAUUCCCCUUGAUAGCAUCAAAGCAAUCCCGGGAAUAGAUGUCACUUACGCCUUAGGUUGUCAUACCUACAAAUGGCUUCCUCUAGCAGCAGACUACUGUACCACUUCCACUGGCGCCCAAGGCGUAACUCUCGAAUUUCACAUUGGCGAUAAAUUUGAAGGAACCCCUCGAAUAAUUCAACACCGCACCAACACAGAUCUCUUCCUUUGGGAUUCGGUUCCAGAAGAGGUAAAUCCCAUCUGGUCCGUCCGCGCAAAAACCAUCUUGACACCUACCACCACCGGCUUACAUACCCUCUCCUUCUCAAGUGUCGGUCCUGGAAGACUUCUUGUAAAUGGAGAUGUCAAAGUCGAUUUGUGGAAUUGGACGGAUUUGGGUGAAGCUAUGUUCUCAGGGUCAAAAGAUAUUCUCUUUGAUAUCUUUCUCGAAGCCAAUGUUCCAGUACAAUUGGUCGCUGAAACAACAAAUGAAAUUCGACCAUUGUCCAAACAAGCACAAGUCAAUCAAACCCAUGCAACGGGCGGCUGUCGUAUUGGUUACAAAGAAGCCGAUGCUGAGAAUUAUUUGCAAAAAGCUAUUGAUGCGGCAAAGUCCUCUGAUGUAGCGAUCGUAAUCGUAGGAUUGGAUGCGGAGUGGGAAAGUGAGGGUUAUGAUCGUCAAACUAUGGAUUUACCGAGUGAUGGAAGUCAGGAUCGAUUAAUUGAUGCGGUUGUGGAGGCGAACCCAAAUACAAUUGUGGUCAAUCAAUCCGGAAGCCCUGUAACGAUGCCUUGGGCAAAGAAGGUUCCAGCCAUUUUACAAGCGUGGUAUCAGGGACAAGAAGCUGGUAACGCAUUGGCUGAUGUUCUUUUCGGUUUCGAAAAUCCUAGUGGAAAACUACCUACAACCUUCCCAGUCCGCCUCUCAGAUAAUCCAACCUACCACACCUGGCCCGGCGAAAACCUCCGUUCUCUCUAUGGCGAAGGUCUCUACAUCGGCUAUCGACAUUAUGACCAUCUAUCUCUUCCCCCUCUCUUCCCUUUCGGUCACGGUCUCUCUUACACCACAUUUUCUUACUCUGCUCCUACGCUCUCAUCCCAAACACUCUCUUCCUCAAAUCGAGAUAAAAUCACCCUAAGUCUCAACAUCAAAAACACGGGAUCUAGGAAAGGAAAGGAAAUAGUACAACUUUAUAUCCACGAUGUGAAGAGCCGCCUAGUUCGACCGGAAAAAGAACUGAGAGGGUUCGCAAAGGUAGAGCUUGAAGCUGGAGAAGAAAAAAGCGUCGAUGUUGUAAUUGAUAAAUACGCAGUAGGAUACUGGGAUGAAUCGUUGAGAAAUGGGAAAGGGCUGUGGAUUGCUGAGGAGGGCGAGUUUGAGGCUUGGGUUGGCGCUAGUGCGGAAGACAUCAGACAAAAAACCUCGUUUGAAGUCAAGGAGUCUUUCACUUGGAUUUUCUAA